ACCACACAUGGCACCCUUACACCUUACCUCUUCAACUCAACCUGACAACAAACUGUGGGAAUAAGCUGAGUAUGCACUGCGUUUAAUGAAACGGGAUUUCUUGGAAACACUUUUUUACUUCCUCUGCUUUUGAUGAACUGUUGGAUUUGGACUCAAAGACAGUGAGUUGUGAAAAACAGAUGUGAUUUUUCUGCAAGGAUUGUUUGUUUCCACUGUCCAGGAUCAAAUUUGUUUCCUCAGGCAGACGGUGGAAGUACCAGUACUGCACAGCAUUUGCAGUAACCUCAAUUUAUCAUCUGUUUUCUGGGACAUUUUUGAACUGUCCAUGACAAUGCCAGUGGUCAAAGUGGAGAAAGACUCUCCAGCAGACACUUUGUCUGACUCCAACCCUCCACCACAGACAGAGGAGCAGCCCAGAGGUCGGAGGAGGAAGAGACCUUUGCAGCGGGGGAAACCCCCUUACAGCUACAUUGCACUCAUUUCUAUGGCCAUAGCAAACUCCCCUGACCGCAAGCUGACAUUGGGAGGCAUCUACAAAUUCAUCACAGAGCGUUUCCCCUUCUACAGAGACAAUUCAAAGAAAUGGCAGAACUCCAUCCGCCAUAACUUGACUCUCAAUGAUUGUUUUAUCAAGAUCCCUCGAGAACCGGGGCGGCCAGGCAAGGGAAACUACUGGGCUUUAGACCCAAACGCAGAGGACAUGUUCGAGAGCGGCAGCUUCCUGAGGCGGAGGAAGAGGUUUAAGCGCUGUGACUUGAGCACCUAUGCGACAUAUGUGCAUGAGACACAAGUUUUCUCUCCUGUCCAGAUUCCCAGAUCUGCUGCAUAUACCAACUCAGUUUACCCCAACAUGACAGUCAGUCCAACCUACGGGCAGCAGCUUCCAUCCGCCUACUACCCCUCCUCAUCACCUCCUGGGUUCGGACCAGGUCAGACCCGCAUGUUCAGCAUCAAUAACCUCAUGGGACACCCGAGUCCAGCCAGCAUGCUGGGAGGCCAAGGGCCAGAGGUGAUGCAGCAGCCCAGCCGGAGCUUCAGUCCCGAAGGGCUGCCCAACGGAUCCAGUCCCUGCAGGAUGGGAGCGCCAGCCUUCCCGAGCCAACCAUGCGGAGGAGCCGUACCAUCCCGCUCCUCUACACAUCCUGGGUUCACCUACUCCGGGCCAAGCGGCCACCUUCACCACCAUGCACACCAGGGCUCAUAUGGACAGGGCCACACCCAGGGGUAUGCAGCGACAGGACGCCUCCAUGCCUCAGCCCACGGACCUGCCGAGUCUGUGGACCAUUAUGGCCGGCUCUCCCCAGUACAGCUGGGUUCUUUCUCCCAGUAUAACAGUGCUGCAGGUCCUAUCAGCAACACUGGGGGUUAUCUGAGACACCCCACAUACCCGGGGAAUAUGGACAGGUUUGUGUCUGCCAUCUGAGCUACUGAGAACAUAGAUCCCAGCAUCUCUUUAACUUCAAACAGAAUAUCAGAGACUUGAGGCGGCACCAAGUGAGCCAGACAUUUCUGCACACAAACAUAUUGGUUGUUUUUUUUGUUUGUGACAUUAAGGACAAAACUAAACAGUCUGAUUAAAAACGCCUCCCUCAACACAACUGUGAUUUAUACCAUUAACCCCACAACCCAUUUUCAGUUCUGACGGUAAUUUACUUUUAGAUCACACUUUAAAUGUGGGUUUAAAUGUCAAGGCCUCUUCACAGCAUGUGAGGAUGUAAAAUUCAUCUAAUUUCAUGUGUGGUUUUUUGAGCUUUUUGUCAUGACUUGAAUGUGCAAGUUAAAUAUUUACUGUUGAAAUGACAGUCUUUGAAAUGUUACUAUAAAUUAUUGUGUUUCAUGGUUCAUAGGCUUUGCAUUA